AUGCAAAAUUUAAUUUUACCUCAUUUAUUCGUUUACCCUUUCACUCGUUCGCAGGUUGUUUCAGUGAAAAAAAAUUCUACUAUCCCUUACAUUCCUCCAGAAAUUAUUCGUAUCAUUCUUAAGUUAUUAAAAAAUGAUAAAAAUACUCUUGCUUCUUGCGCUUUGGUUAAUCAUACUUUUAACCUUUUCGCCACUCCUUUAUUAUAUCAUACCGUCGCAUUCACUACUCCCUAUACUUUUACUCUUUUUGCAAAUUCAACAAUCGAUAUUAGACAACGUUGCUCCAAAAUGGUUCGUCAUUUGGAUUUUUCCGGCUUUUCUACCUGUGGCCUACGAAAGAGUUCCUCUUCCAUCCAAAAUGUUAUCACUCCUGAAAUUUUAAUUCAUAUUCUAAGAUCUUUUCCUUCCUUAAAAGCUUUCUCCAUAUCUGAAACUUUAGAAUCCGUAAUUACCUUUGAAGUUUUAAAGGUUCUUUUCCUUGAAUCUAAAAAUCUUACUACCAUCGAUUUUUGUGGUUGCUCUAGUAAACAAUUCGGUAACGCUUUGGAUGAGUUCUCCUCUUUAAUUGGUCGCGUUAAAAUAGAUCUUCAAUUCGAUGAUGAUAAUGAUGAAUUGGUCACUUUUAAUAUGAUUCAUAAACCUUUAUUAUCUCAUUUACAAAGACUUUCCCUUCAUGAAUGUCCCGUAAUUUCUGAAUGUUCAAUAAUCAUCCCUUUAUUAGCUCAUGCUCCAAACCUUACUCACCUUGAUUUGGGUGGUUGUUCUGUUGGUGAUUUAACUUUAUCUUUUUUGGCUGAAGGAACAAACGCUCCAACUACUUUAUCUCAUUUAUUAUUGGCAAAGUGUAAAAACAUUUCUUCAAAUGCCAUCGCUUCUUUCGUCUUCAGAUGUUCUAAAUUAAAAACUCUUAAUCUUUACGGUGAAAGGGAUAUAGCUACUGCUAUUCGAGAAUGUGAUUUAAUGACUAUCCUUUCUUCUCCUAGUGCUAAAAAUUUUUUAACUUUAGAUAUUGGUUCUUCUCAAAUAACUCCAAUGAUUUUAUCAGCAAUUAAAGAAAAUUGCUUAUCUUUACAAAAUCUUGGAAUUUCAAAAGCUCAAAUUUCUAAUGUUAAUCUUAUCAAUGAUCUUUUAAUCGCAAUGCCAAAUCUACAUUACCUUGAUCUCACUUCGAUUCGAUGUUUGACUCCCUUAAACACUAAUGGUUUAUUCACCAACAUUACUAAGAAUAAUCAUUCUAUUCAUACUAUUGAAAUGAGUGAAUCUUUACUUAAAAAACUUUGUGCAAUUGAUGGAUGGAAAAUUAAUGUGAAUUAUGGUAGAAGAUGGUAUUACGCUCGCGAAACUCAAGGUAUUUGCAAACCUGAAAUGGUACAUUGUAGGAAGUUAGACGUAACCGAAUGUGGACCGGAAUCUUUGAGCAAGAUUUUUCAAUAUUAUAGUUUUGGCGUGUGA